GGAGAAGGGUAAGAUCGAGAAGUAAGAAGUGAUUGAAGCCCUGGUUGCCUGCCAAGUGUCGCCAACCCAUUUCUCCAGAAGACUCCUACAAUUCAUAAUCUAUAACAGCAAUCUAAAUCCUUAAAUCUUUACAUUCGAAAAACUCACCAUUCAUGCCAAUUUUGCUGAACACAACAUUUCUCCAAUGCUUACUUUACUCAACAGAAAGCUAAAACGCCUCUGCUCUAGACUCCGGUGGUCGAUUCGCCGCCGUCCCAAGCCCAAGAUUAUCAUCAAAAAGUUUGGAAAAUCCAAUUCCAAUGACUCAAAAAGUCAAACCAAAGUUAAUGGUUCGGCGGCGAUUCAUCCAAAUGGUGAAUUGUGUUGUUGCAAAUCAGAAAAACCGAUUCGUAUGGCUACGUUUAAUGCUGCCCUCUUCUCUAUGGCUCCUGUAGUUCCCAAGACUGAGAAGUCAUCAACUUUUGGCUAUGGAGAUGAAGAUUAUACACAGGCCAUGCACUCAUUGAGAGCAAAAUCAAUGAAUGAUCGUCCGAAGAGUAUUCUAAAGCAGUCUCCUUUGCAUCCCAGUUCCGCAGACACUUCAGACAAUCUUUCAAAACAACAGAAGUUUGUUAAAUCGAAGUUACGGGUUUCGAUCAAUUUACCAGAUAAUGAGAUAUCUCUGAAGCGAAACGGACAGUUAAGUUUUGUUGAAGAUGGAAAAGAGGGUUCAUCAAGUAACAGCAUGAGUAGAAAAAUUCUAAAAGGAAAAGCUCCAUUGAGAUCCAUAACGAGUGUGCCCUCAAGUAGUAGUAAUUGUACAGAUGAUCAGAGCUAUAGAAGUAGUAGAACAGUUCUUGAAGUGUUGAUAGAGAUUGAUGCUGAUAUACUGGCUUUGCAAGAUGUGAAGGCAGAGGAAGAGAAAGCUAUGAAGCCUUUAUCUGAUUUGGCUGCUGCUCUGGGGAUGAAUUAUGUGUUUGCAGAGAGUUGGGCUCCGGAGUAUGGCAACGCCAUCUUGUCAAAGUGGCCGAUUAAGAGGUGGAAGGUUCAGAAGAUUGUUGACAACACUGAUUUCAGGAAUGUUCUGAGGGCCACAAUUGAUGUUCCCCAGGUAGGAGAAGUCAAUUUCAACUGCACCCACCUUGAUCAUCUAGAUGAGAACUGGAGAAUGAAGCAAAUAAAUGCAAUAAUGCAAUCCAGUAAUGGGCCUCACAUUUUGGCUGGCGGUCUCAAUUCCCUUGACGAAACAGAUUAUUCAUUAGAAAGAUGGACAGACAUUGUAAAGGUAAAUGUAAAGUUCAUUGCGGAAUCAGCCAUAGAAUAGCACAUACUUAUCAUCUGGGGGUUGUUCAUAUUUAUGUCUCAGUAUUAUGAAGAGAUGGGAAAGCCCACACCAAAGGCUGAGGUGAUGAAAUAUUUAAAGAGUCAAAAAUACACAGAUGGUAAGGAUUAUGCAGGGGAAUGUGAGUCUGUAGUCAUGAUCGCCAAAGGACAAAGUGUGCAGGGGACAUGCAAGUAUGGGACUCGGGUAGAUUACAUAUUGGCAUCAUCAGAUUCACAGUACAAGUUCAUCCCCGGCUCAUACUCAGUUUACUCUUCAAAAGGGACUUCUGAUCAUCACAUAGUGAAAGUUGAUGUAGUGAGAGUAGAUAGCAGUCCUCAACAAUAUGUCCAUAGAAAGCAAAAGAAACCCAAACAGAAAGUUGUAAAGAUAACACACUCUUCUUCAUCAAGGGGUAUAUGGAAACCACAAACUUGAGAAGAUGGAUAGGUAGAUUAGCAUUUUUUUCAAAAUUAAUAUUUUGGUAUUUGCUCGUUAUGUAAGAGAGUAGACAGAAAUAUUUGUGUCUGGUUCUUUUUCCUCUGCUAUGUAAAUCACUGUUGUGUCUUUACACCUCUUUGGUCGAUCACUGAU